AAACACUCCCGGAUAAGGAAGUGGGCAGUGAUGCCACGCGUUCUGCGGGCCGUGUAUCCGGGCUUCUGGGAGUUGUAGUCGUCGGGGGCGGGCGCCGUCGGGAUGGAAGCUUCCUGGCGCCAGGUGGCCGGGGGCCGAGGCCGAGCCCGAGGACGGGCCACCGCGGCCCCUUCUUCAGGAAAUGGAAUCCAUCUUCGCGGCGCCGGGGGAGGACGAGAGAAGGGCUCGGUGGGCGCUGCGGGACCUGGCCCGAGCCCCAGAGGAGCCGCGACCCCUGCGGCUGCAGCAGAGCUAAUGUCUCAGAGGAAAUUUGAGGAAAUCAAGAAGGCCAAUCAAGCUGCGGCCAAAAAACUUGUUGAAGAACACUUUAGCUCCUCCUCUGAAGAAGAAGGAGACGAAGAUUUUGAAGGAAAACGGGGAAAAAUAGUUGCUAAUACAUUUACAAGUUACACUACUCAGACAGAUGGAGAUAUGCGUGAAUUAGAGCGAACAAGACAGUAUGUACAUGAAGCUUUCCAAGCAGGGGCUAUGACAUGCUUAAUUUGUAUUGCUUCAGUGAAGAGAAACCAAGCAGUUUGGAGCUGUUCAGGAUGUUUCUGUAUAUUUCACAUGCCCUGUAUCCAGAAGUGGGCUAAAGAUAGCCAAUUUCUGGUAUCUUCUCCUUUGACGGAUGACGAUUUUGGAAAGAGAGACUAUCCUUGGCCAUGUCCAAAAUGUAGGUUCGAAUACAAACGAUCUGACACACCUAGUAGGUACUACUGCUAUUGUGGAAAAGUAGAAGACCCACCUCUAGAUCCGUGGCUUGUGCCUCAUUCAUGUGGCCAAGUAUGUGAGAGAGAAUUUAAACCUCCUUGUGGCCAUAAGUGUUUACUCCUCUGUCAUCCAGGUCCCUGCCCUCCUUGUCCCAAGAUGGUCACAACUACUUGUUACUGUAAAAAAGCAAAACCUAUACCUCGUAGGUGCAGUGCUAAGGAGUGGGCCUGUCAGCUGCCAUGUGGGCGGAAGUUGCUUUGUGGACAGCAUAAGUGUGAAAAUCCUUGUCAUGCAGGAAAUUGUCCGCCCUGUCCGAGAGUUAGUAGACAGAAGUGUGUCUGUGGGAAACAAGUAGCUGAAAGGAGCUGUGCGAGUCCACUGUGGCACUGUGAUCAAGUAUGUGGAAAAACAUUGCCAUGUGGUAAUCAUACAUGUGAGCAGAUUUGCCAUGUUGGUGCUUGUGGAGAAUGUCCUCGAUCUGGGAAAAGGUUCUGUCCAUGUCAGAAGUCAAAGUUUUCUUUGCCAUGUACAGAAGAUGUACCAACUUGUGGAGAUAGUUGUGACAAAGUACUUGAAUGUGGAAUCCAUAGAUGUUCACAGCGUUGUCACCGAGGUCCUUGUGAAACAUGCAGACAAGAAGUAGAAAAGCAUUGUCGCUGUGGGAAACAUACAAAACGAAUGCCAUGUCAUAAGCCUUAUAUUUGUGAGACUAAGUGUGUUAAGAUGCGGGACUGUCAGAAGCAUCAGUGUAGGAGAAAGUGUUGCCCUGGAAACUGUCCACCUUGUGAUCAAAACUGUGGACGGACUUUAGGAUGUAGAAACCAUAAAUGUCCAUCUGUCUGCCACAGAGGCAGUUGUUAUCCCUGCCCGGAAACUGUAGACGUGAAGUGCAAUUGUGGCAAUACAAAGGUGACCGUGCCCUGUGGCCGGGAGCGCACCACAAGACCACCCAAGUGCAAAGAGCAAUGCAGUCGACCACCAACUUGCCAUCAUACAAGUCAAGAAAAACAUCGCUGUCACUUUGGCGCUUGUCCUCCAUGUCAUCAACCUUGCCAAAAAGUUUUGGAGAAAUGUGGUCACUUGUGUCCUGCUCCAUGUCAUGAUCAAGCGUUAAUAAAGCAAACUGGCAGGCACCAGCCUACAGGCCCUUGGGAACAGCCUUCUGAGCCAGCAUUUAUUCAGACUGCAUUACCUUGUCCUCCGUGUCAAGUUCCUAUUCCUACAGAAUGUCUUGGGAAGCAUGAGGUGAGUCCACUCCCAUGCCAUGCUGUAGGACCAUACUCUUGUAAGAGAGUAUGUGGACGAACCUUAGAUUGUCAGAAUCAUACGUGUAUGAAAGAAUGCCACAAAGUAACUGAAAUUGAUGCCUGCGUUGGCAAAAACAAGGCUGGCCCAGAAUGCCUUCAGUGUGAAGAAGGGUGCUCUAAAUCACGGCCUCCUGGUUGUCCCCAUCCAUGUGUUUUGCCGUGUCAUCCUGGAGAAUGUCCUCCCUGUGUUCAGAUGCUUAGAAUAAAAUGUCACUGCAAGAUCACAAGCCUAUAUGUGGAAUGCAGAAAAAUAACCACAGCUGAUGUAAAUGAAAAGAACCUCCUUAGUUGUUGCAAAAAUCAGUGUCCUAAAGAGCUUCCUUGUGGUCACAGAUGCAAAGAGAUGUGUCAUCCUGGUGAAUGUCCCUUUAAUUGCAACCAGAAGGUAAAACUUAGAUGUCCUUGUAAAAGAAUAAAGAAGGAAUUGCAAUGCAACAAAGUACGAGAAAAUCAGAUUUCAAUAGAAUGUGACGCGACAUGCAAGGAAAUGAAGCGGAAAGCAUCUGAGAUAAAAGAGGCAGAAGCCAAAGCUGCUCUCGAGGAAGAAAAACGAAAACAACAGGCUGAACUGGAGGCUUUUGAAAACAGACUGAAAGGUCGUCGGAAGAAGAACAGGAAAAGAGAUGAAGUGACCGUUGAGCUUACGCUAUGGCAGAAAUACAAAUACUAUCUCCUUCCGGCAUGUGCAGUUGCAGUUUUAGCGUUUGCAUGGUACAUAGCCCGUGAUGUGGCUUAAGAAAUUUUGAUCUGGUCACAUACCUCAGAUUGGAUUUAGAUAAGUAAUUCACUCUGGAAUAUUAGGAAGCGUAUACUGUAGAACAUAGACAUCCACAUUCAUCUCUGUAUUCCCUUCCAGCUGUUGUUAGAAGGACAGAUUUUAAGCUUUAUCUUGAGUAGCAUACUAGAAGUGGCAAUAUAACAUUGUUUAAUAGUGAAAGCAUGACCGAAAUUGUCAGAGAUCUCAUAAGGCAUAGCCUGUGGCAGGGUAACACGUCAGUUGAUUGUGCUUCCUUGUGUUAACAUAGUUGUCUCACUCACUAUUUCACACCAAAUUUCUUUCUGUUUUUUUCCAAAAUUAAAAUGAAAUCGAGCCAUAUGUGCAGUAAAAGGAAUAUGUCACAGUGUUUUGGCUACUUAUUAAAAGGUACUUUUCUUGAUCAUGGUUUCUUGAUCAUGUAACUUUGUACUUUAAAAUAAUUAUUCUCUAAAAGACCUCUUAAAUUGUAACCUAAAGCUAUAUAAUUUGAUUCCAAAAAUUGUUUUAUUAGUGAGGAAUUUUUAUCAGUUAUUGAAAUAAAUUUUUAUGUAGUAGGUACCUCAGAGGAAAAUAUAAUUGUUUUUUUAAAAAAUGCUGGGCUGGAUUCCUCACAUGUGGCUGUUUCUUGUGUAAGAAGCAUUUAACUGAAGUUUGGCAUGUUUUGUAAAACUUGUAUGUGUCUUUUCAAAGUAAAAAUAAAAGAAAAACUGGUAUUUAUGAGCAAUAGAAACUGAGCACAGGGCUUAAUGAGCUUUAUAUACUUAUUGUCAUUUCUUCUUACCAUGAUCCUGUAAGUAGAUUUCAGCUGGAAAUAAUCAGUUCCUAUGAAAACAAGCUGAUAGAGAAAUAUCAGUAAGCCAAAUCUGUUGGAAUUGUCAUUUUAAAUGGUUUUGCUAUUUAAUUUUUGUAUGAUUGUUUUCAUUAAAAUUUUUCAUACCACAUUUGUAACCUUGAAUAUUUACUAUUACCUGAAAUAUUCAGGAGUCUAUAAUUUUAGGUUAGGUAUUAAUAUCACUGUAUAAAAUCUCUGAUACUUGAUGCAAAACAGUUAUUGAUGGACACUAAAAAGCCAUAGAAGUACAUUUUAAACAGAAGUACAAAGAAGGAUUUCUAAAUUUUGCUGACUUUAAUGAAAAAUUUUUUAAUGUUCUGUUUAUUCUUCUAGUGUUAGCUCAUGUCUAAAAUGAAAGGCUAGUCAUUCCUUUCGUUAUGGUAUUUGUAUUUUGACUUUAGAUUUUUUUCUUUUUUACUUUUCUCAACAUUAGGGUACCUGGGUUGGUGUUUCAGAAGCUCUGAGUUAGAGCUGCCGCACUCCAGUCAUUUCCUUACUCUAAAAUGAAUAUUAAAGACUGAACAACUAAGUAUCUACCUGGGGAGCUUUUUUCAUGUAUCUCAGAAUUUCAGCCUAAUAAACAAGCCUGAAGCCUG